AUGGUUUUAGCGGCCGUGGGGCAGAUAUGCUCGACUAGCAACAUAACUUCAAAUCUAGCUCAGUGCAAGGCGCUGGUUCAAAGGGCUGCAGCAGCAGGCGCAAAGGUGCUGUUUCUUCCAGAGGCAUCGGACUAUAUCGCAUCCUCGGCAGAGCAAUCCUACUCACUCGCCCAAUCUGAAGAGAGGAUUAGCUUUGUGUCAUCCCUACAAAAAGAUGCCAAAGAACAAAACAUCCACAUUAGUGUUGGGAUUCAUGAAGUAGCUUCUGAAAGCAGGCUCAAGAAUCUAUUGAUUUGGAUCGAUGACAAGGGGACUAUUACCCAAACCUACCAGAAAGUCCAUCUAUUUGACGUUGAUAUCAAAGGUGGUCCCGUACUCAAGGAGAGCGCGAGCGUCCAGCCGGGACAACAAAUUCCAAGGCCAUUUGACACACCCAUAGGGCGCGUUGGUUUAAGUAUUUGUUUUGAUUUGCGUUUCCCAGAGAUCAGUCUGGCAUUGAGACGGCAGAAUGCUGAAAUCAUCACAUAUCCAUCAGCAUUCACUGUUCCGACAGGCAAGGCCCAUUGGGAGCCUUUGCUACGCGCAAGAGCUAUUGAGACCCAGUCAUACGUGAUUGCGGCUGCGCAAGCAGGCCCUCACAACGAGAAGAGACGAAGUUAUGGUCAUUCUAUGAUCAUCAACCCGUGGGGUGAAGUAGUAGCAAAUCCGGGAGAUGAGCACCAGGAACCGCAAAUCGCGACUGCCGAUAUUGAUCUCGAUCUCGUGGCAAAGAUCAGGCGCGAAAUGCCGUUGCUUCGGAGAUAUGAUCUAUAUCCAGAGAUUUGA